CUUUGAAAUCCCAUCCAGGCUUUGUUGUCUUCCCGGAGGGGCUGGGAAGGCUUAGGCUGAGUAUAAAGGCAGCCAGAGGUGGCGGUGGCGGUGCAGAGCUGUGUGCCUAGCUGCAGAGAUUCCACUAACUGAAGUUCCGCAGUUAAGGUUCAGCAGUCCGGGCUCUGCAGCCGCUGUUCUAAGUGACCUCUCUUUUCCUGACUUUUUCCUGCUUGCAUCCUUCUGAGAUGACGGUUGUGUGUGCAGUGGCAGCUGUCCGGUUCUUGGCCGGGCUAACAGCAGUGGCUCUUUGCAGCCUUCCACUGCUGGGAGCAAGCGCCACCUUGAACUCAGUUAUCAUUAAUUCCAACGCUAUCAAGAACCUGCCCCCACCGCUGGGCGGCGCUGCGGGUCAGCCGGGCUCAGCUGUCAGCGUAGCACCUGGAAUUCUAUACGAGGGCGGGAACAAGUACCAGACUCUUGACAACUACCAGCUCUACUCUUGCGCAGAGGAUGAGGAGUGUGGCACUGAGGAGUACUGCUCCAGUCCUAGCCGCGGGGCAGCCGGUGUUGGAGGCAUACAAAUCUGUCUGGCUUGCAGAAAGCGCAGGAAACGCUGCAUGCGGCACGCUAUGUGCUGUCCCGGGAAUUACUGCAAAAAUGGAAUAUGCAUGCCUUCUGACCACAGCCAUUUGCCUCGAGGGGAAAUUGAGGAAAGCAUCGUUGAAAACUUUGGUAAUGACCACAGCACCUUGGAUGGGCAUUCCAGAAGAACCACACUGACUUCAAAAAUCUAUCACACCAAAGGACAAGAAGGAUCUGUGUGUCUCCGGUCAUCAGACUGCGCCACGGGGCUAUGCUGUGCGAGACAUUUCUGGUCCAAGAUCUGUAAGCCUGUCCUCAAGGAAGGUCAAGUGUGCACCAAGCACAGGCGGAAAGGCUCCCACGGGCUGGAGAUCUUCCAGCGCUGUUACUGUGGGGAAGGGCUGGCUUGCAGGGUACAGAAAGACCACCAUCAGGCCAGUAAUUCCUCCAGGCUCCACACCUGUCAGAGACACUAAACCGACGGUCUAAAUGUGAUGGACUCCUUUAUCUAAUAUAUGCUACGAAAAUCCUUUAUGAUUCGUCAGAUCAGUCCACGGAGGUCCAAAUCUUCAGCGUAUACUUAAGCAUUCCGAUAAUACUUCCCAAAAAAACCUCUGGAGUGUAAGGACUUUGUUUCUUGAUGGAACUCCCCUGUGAUUGCAGUAAAUUACUGUGUUGUAAAUCCUCGGUGUGGCACUUACCUGUACAGGCAACAAAACUCUUUAAUUAUUGUUCUAGAGGGUGCUACAUCGCCUUGUUUCUCUUAAUUAUUUUUCUA